CAUGUACUACGGUUGCGUAGUUGGCCCAGCUGGUUAAGAGAGCCGCCCCUCGGCCCAGACUUCAUUUCCCGGUGUCCCUCGCAGUGGCGUGGGGUGUAACGGGGGUUGUAGUCCGGCGGCUCUUCUGGCUGGUCCAGCUACAUUGACCGGCAGGAUGUCGGAGGUGCGGCUGCCACCGUUACGCGCCCUGGACGACUUCGUUCUGGGGUCGGCGCGCCUGGCGGCUCCGGAUCCGUGCGACCCGCAGCGUUGGUGCCAUCGCGUCAUCAACAACCUCCUCUACUACCAGACUAACUACCUUCUGUGCUUCCUCUUCAGUCUCGCUCUGGCUGGGUACAUGCGCCCGCUGCACACCCUCCUAAGCGCGCUGGUAGUGACGGUGGCCCUUGGUGUGCUGGUGUGGGCGGCUGAGACUCAAGCAGCUGUGCGCCGCUGCCGUCGCAGCCACCCCGCCGCCUGCCUGGCUGCAGUGCUUGCCUUCGGCCUCCUUGUUCUCUGGGCCGUGGGCGGCGCUUGCACCUUCCUGCUCAGCAUCGCAGGGCCCGUGCUUCUGAUUCUGGUGCACGCCUCCCUGCGCCUGCGAAACCUCAAGAACAAGAUCGAGAACAAGAUUGAGAGUAUUGGUCUCAAGCGGACGCCAAUGGGGCUGCUACUGGAGGCGCUGGGACAAGAGCAGGAAGCUGGAUCCUAGGAGUCUAGGAUCUGUACCCAAGACCUGGAGAAUGCCACCCCACCCUGACCAGUACCGGGACCCAGAGCCCUUUCCUAGCCCAUAAAAUUGAGGGGCCCAUCUAGUUCAAAGAGCAGAGGACAUGUGAGACCGCUCCCCCACCCAGGUCCAAAAUUGGGAUCUCUCUCCUACCCAGCCCCCAUUACCUAGGGGACCACUCUUCCCCAGCCCUGAACUUGGGGCUUGGAGACCAGAGCAUCCGUGGCCAGCCUCAAACUCUGGACCCAGAGAUACUCCAACCCCCAGUCUGGGACCUGCCCAUCUACCAUGCUCAUCCCCAAAGCUGGGAUCUGGGACCAAGGCAUUCUCUUGAACCCGGGAUUAAGGCUCUUGACCCUACCCCAGCUUUGAAACCAGGUCAGGGCAUUGCCAAAUCUUGAACCCUGGCCCCAAGUGUUCCCAGCCCCCUUCAGGACAGGAUUCAGGCAUCCUGACCCUGUUGAACCCUUGGUUCCAGGUGACCCAAACACUCACAAGUCCCACUUGCCUCCCUCCAGCUUCCAAAUUUCUACAGUGAUGAGGACCAUGGGGUGCGGUGGGGUGGGGUGAGGUGAGCCAAGCCCUGACCCGGCAUGGGGCAUCUGUAUCAGUGUUACUGCAACAAUAAAGGCUGUUGCAUCGCUCAAGCCAA